AUGCCGAACUUGAAGCGAGCAAUCAACCACAUUAUCAAGUCAACGGUUUCCCGACCGCUACAAUACCUCGUGCCAGCCAUUGAUUCUCGGAGAACUCUCAAUAUUGAUCUUUGGGUCUCAGCCUGUGGUAGAGGACGUCUCCAUAUUUGCAGCUUCUGCGCCAGCGCCAACGCCAGCGAUGUGAAAGCUGAACCGAACAGCGGCACGCCCAUCCUACUGGCAAACCAGCAUCUCUCCGCCAUGUCCGAGUCAGCAGUAGCCGAGACGUCAUAUUUCCACACCUUGACCGCGCGGCCAUACUUCUUCCCUCUUGUUGAAAGCCGCGACGCGCGACUCGCCGAUGUGAUCUCGCGCCUGACAAUGCUGCCCGCCGAGAUCCGGUGGGACGUGUUUGCACACGCAUUCAGGGGCAACCGGGUCGCCGUGACGGCGAAGUCGGGCUGUUACUGCUUCUCCGACGCGACGGGUCCGUACCGCGCGGACCACCAGUGGCUGCUGAGGUCUGCGCCGCCGGGCCAGGUGAGGCGCGAGGCACAGCGGGUUUUCAUCCAGAUGGCCAUGUGGGAGCUCCAUUGUCAGCGAGCCCUGCAGUCGUUCGUGAACAGGAUGAAGACCCUGCACAGCCUGGAGUAUGUCCGCCACGUGCGGCUGAAUGUCUUUGAACAACUCGAGGCCACGUGGGAACUCGACUUGGACACAUUUCCCAAUCUGCGGACCGUGACCUUCGCGCCGAACCCCAAGGGCUGGACGAUCACUGUUCCGCAGCGAGCGGGGUCGGAAGAGCUCUCGGAUGCGAAUGUCAUGUUGAAGGUAUGGCACGUCCUGGAAUCCCGGGAUGGGUACGGUCCCGUCAGAGAGGCGUACGAGCAAAAGGCAUCACGCGCCUAUAGAAUGUUCUUCGUCUUCCCGAUCCGCUUCCACUUACCGGAAACGUCGCGGGAUGGAUCGCCAAGGUGGCAGUUGAGUGUCUGGCGAGCCAAUAUGGACACGGGGUCUAUCGAGCGGGACUGGCGGGAGGUUCAUCUUGUUCAAGAGGCGACUCUGGAUUGA